AUGCAUUCCACAACGUCAGUCGCUCUCUGCCAACAGCUCGAUCAUAUCAGCACCGCUAUGCUCGGGCUUUGCGAUAUCGAUUUUACCGCAUUGAGCAUCAAAAUUUCAGACUUAUCUUCUCAGAUCGCUAUUCAAGCCGUUUUCGAUGAAACAAGCUGCCUCAUAAGAAAGCAGAAGCCUGUGCCAGUUCGCCGGCUGAGCUUUAACCUCAAAACGCUAUUAGAGAAGCCAAACAGCCUACGAUGGUCACAGUUGCAGACAUUAGACUUUCGCACUCUAAUAUUCUGCACUCUGUCCUUCUCUGCUCUCGCAACAAUGCCGGAAGAGCGGUUUGGCUGGCUCAUGAACCAUGCAGAGCAGUAUACGCAGGCGCAGGCCUUCCCACCAGCUUGGAUAGCAAAGGAUCAGAUUAGGAAGGUGAUAACGAAAACGCCCAGACAAAAAAGUACGAAUGAAUUCUGGAAGAAAUAUUAUGAGUUCGAAUUGGAGGUAUUCGACGGCUGCGGUUCUCAGCAUGCAUUGAUCGAAAAACGCGAUAGUUUCGAGAUGUCCGGCGAACCUAACGUGAAUAAUUCAUCUUUAGAGAACCCCCAAACACCCCAAAGUAAACCAGCGAACGCCCAAAACUCACUAAAGAGGAAACGUGUUUUACAUGAGGAAGACCUACGCUCUGUUACACAAUCCGCACCAAAGCAACCACAAAACGAAUCAAUUCGUGUUUCUGGGAGUGUAUUGUGGCCAGCGGAAGAAUACUACUCUUUUUCUUUCGUGAAACAUGAACGGAUCGAGCAGCUUCCGGAUUUGUUCCUGAUCGGAAUGAGAACAAGUAGCUUGUGGAAGAAAGAGAUGGAAGCUGGAGGGCUCGCAGUCACGAAUUGCCUAUCGUUGCAUCUUCCUAAGACGAGCAAUGAGGAUGUUUUUUGUGUCAUCAGGCUCAGUUACAAUGAAGGGUGGAAUAUUUUUCAUUUAUUAGAUCUGGGAACUCCUGUACAGAGAGGAACGCACUUAUAG